AUGAUUUGGACAGUACUGUUCUGGUGUACUCUCCUGACGACUGUGGUUUCUCAACCAGAGGAGAGGCUACUAGGUGACCCAGUCUGUAAAGCUAUUUCCAAAGCAAUUUCGUCUGCUAGCGAUGUCUUUUAUCUGGGGGGCAAGUUGUUCUUUCCAACUUAUCUGAAGGAUAUCCACCACUGGGCCUUAUCCAGCACACAAUAUCCUGCGUGCACCGUUGAGCCUGGUACUGCAGAAGACGUCGGCAUUAUUCUUGGAAUACUCUCGUCUAAUCAUACGCCGUUCGCAGUCAAAGGCGGGGGUCAUGCGUCUAACCCAGGAUUCUCUUCCACGACAGGAGUACACAUAGCAAUGUCUCGAUUCUCAGAGGUCACCUAUGAUCCCACAUCAGAAACUGCAACUAUUGGCUCUGGCUUGGUAUGGGACGACGUCUAUGCUUCUCUUGCACCGCACGGCGUAAACGUUGUCGGUGGGAGAGUCACUGGGGUAGGUGUAGCGGGGUUUAUUCUCGGUGGAGGCUUCUCGUGGUUGACCAAUCAGUACGGUUUAACCAUUGAUACUGUUGUGGCGUAUGAACUCGUGAAGCCUACUGGCGAGGUGGCUACCGUGACGGCAAAUUCUGAUCCUGAUCUCUUUUUCGCUCUCAAGGGCGGACUCAAUAAUUUUGGCAUCGUGACAAGAUUCACUCUGAGGACUUUCCCUCAGGGCCAAGUAUGGGGUGGACUAAUAACCUACACAAAACAUCAUCUCGAUGAAGUGAAUGCCGCCACAGUGAAAUUCUCCAAUGACGUCACGGAUCCGAAAGCUGGGAUAAUCACUACCUACAAUUUCCUGCUUGGGGAGCCCGGUGUCUCUCAACUGCUUUUUUAUGAUGGACCUACCCCUCCUGAUGGCAUUUUUGAUGACUUCCUUGCGAUACCUCACUUCACCGAGGACGUCAAAACAAGAGACUUUAUGUCCCUCGUUCUUGCCUCACCUUCUAAUGCAACACAAAAUUUAAGAGGAGUUUUUAACACUGUUUCUCUCAUGGGAUACUCCGAUACCCUAAUCAACGCCAUUGUGAAUGAGACGGAGGCAUAUUUCUUUCUCUACUGCAGGCGGACUAUCAUAGAUACCGGGCUAUUCAUCUCCUACGACGUUGAACCGUUCCUUCCCAACAUCUUCUCAGUCAGUGACACCCAAACUGAAUCUGCAUAUCCUCCUUCCCGCUCAACUGGACUUCUCCCGCUGAAUUUGUAUUAUGCUUGGAGUUUCGAAAUAUCGGACGAUGUUUUCCAUGAUGCCAUCCGACAAAGUGCAGCACAUCUAUACAAUGUUGCUGUUGGCCAGGGACAGUCUGGUAUUGUCGGUGCUGCCGUCUAUCCCAAUUACGCCAUUUUUGAUACCCCUGUGGAGAGCCUGUACGGAAACAAUGUGGCAAGGUUGAAGCAGAUCAAGGCUUCCGUUGAUCCUGACAAUGUGAUGGCAUUGGCUGGAGGGUUUAAAAUAUAA